ACACUCAUCUUCUAGAUUCUUUACCUUAUAUUUUCUUAAGAUAAGCAAAAUUAUGGCAGAAGCGUCUAGUUUGGUGGGGAAACUUGAGACCGAAGUGGAGAUCAAAGCUUCAGCUGGAAAGUUCCAUCACAUUUUUGCCGAGAGACCACACCAUGUCUCCAAAGCAACUCCAGAUAAAAUUCAUGGAUGUGAGCUGCACGAAGGCGACUGGGGCAAAGUCGGCUCUAUCGUCAAUUCGUCAUCUGGAAAUACGUUCAUGGCAAAUGGAAAGGUAUCAGUGGCGAAGGAUACGAUCGAGGCGGUGGAUCCGGAGAAGAAUCUGAUCACGUUCAAAGUUUUAGAAGGUGAUCUGAUGAAAGAGUACAAGAGCUUCGCAUUCACAAUCCAAGUGACCCCUAAGCAAGGAGGGUCAGGGAGUAUUGUGCACUGGCACCUUGACUAUGAGAAAAUUAGCGAGGAGGUGGCUCAUCCCGAAACUCUCCUCCAAUUAUGUGUCGAGAUCUCCAAAGAGAUCGACGAACAUCUCUUGGCCGAGGAAUAGAAAAUUACUCCUCGUUUGUGUGUGUGUCCUUGAAACUUAAAGGAAGUCUUUGAAACUGCAAUAAAUAAUGAACGGUGUC